AUGGGAUUCCCAAUUGUUGGGGAAACAUGGGAGUUUCUCAAACCGGAAGAUGUUCUCCAAGUGUCUUCUUUUGUCAGGAGGCGAAUGACAAGGCACGGGAAUGUUUUCAGGACUAGUUUGUUUGGACAAAAAGUCAUAAUCUCGACUGAUGUCCGAAUAAAUCUUGAAAUUGCAAAGUCCAACACAGAUUCUGCUCUAACCAAGAGUGUCCUGAAGCUCUUUGGGGAGAACAAUCUGUUUGUGCAGAGUAAAGCCUCACACAAGCGUGGUCGUAACUUGACAUUCCAGCUGUUUGGAUCACAGCGUCUCAAAUUGACCAUGCUACAAGGCAUCGAUGUCUUGGCUGGAAAGUUCCUCAAGUUAGGUGCCCAAAACGGCAGUUUGGACGUCAAGACAACAGCAAGCAAGAUCUUAAUAGAGUGCCUUGCUAAGAAUAUCUUGGGCGACAUGGAUCAUGAGUCCCUAACGGAACUGCAGGAUUGCUGGAACUUUUUCCCUACAAGUGGAUGGUUUCAACUGCCACUGGACAUUCCCGGAUCGAGGUUUUACCAACUCCUACAGGGUAGAAAACGGAUGAUGAAGGUAUUAGGUGACAUGGUCUCCAUGAAGAUAACAUCGGGAGAAAGAGUUACUGACUUCAUGGAGAUCAUAUUCAAUGAAAUGGGGUGCCAAGGGGAGAGCAGGAGCAGGAGCGUGGAAAAGGCGGUUGAAUACAUCUUUAGCUUUUUCAUAGUAGCAAGUGAGACAACCCCACGGUUUCUUGCCGCUAUACUAAAGCUAGUAUCCGGCAAUCCAAGGGUCCAGCAAGAGCUGCAGAGGGAGCAUUCUGACUUCACUCAAGUGACAUGGGAGAACUAUAAAGGCAUGACUUUCACCCACAUGGUUAUUAACGAGGCCCUCCGUAUCACCAGCACUGGCCCAACUAUAUUUAGAAGAACUAGCCAAGACUACCAAGUUGGAGGCUAUCGAAUUCCAAAGGGGUGGAUCUUCAUGGGGUACCCUCUCGUUCAUUUUAACGAACAAUACUACGAGAACCCUUUUGAAUUUAAUCCAUGGCGGUGGAAGGGAAACGAAUUGAACGCUACUGUAUCAAAAACCUAUAUGCCAUUUGGUGCCGGUACGAGAUUAUGUCUUGGAGCCGAGUUUGCGAAAAUGCAAAUGGCGAUUUUCAUCCACCAUAUCUCACGAUAUAGGUGGUCGAUGAACGAAGGAACCACAGUGCUUAGGAGGSUUCUUCCUAUUUUCCCAAAUGGAUCCGAAGUUCAAAUCUUCGAGGAUACGGCAUGCCACUGA